AUGCACCUCUGUUGGUUCACACUGUUUCUCUGUCUUUCUGCCAAUGCAGAGAACAAUGCAGUUUGGCGAGAGUCCAGCAAGAAUGUCACCGUGGAGUGUUCCUCCGCAGGAUGUCCCACAAGCAUCAAAGGAUAUGAUGCGAUGUAUCUUUAUCAGUAUCAAGAUCUGAAGGAGCCACAACAGGUGCUUUACUAUUUCUCCAAUACAGAAUUAAAUGUCAGAAAAACCCCAGGACAGAGGUACACUGGCAGGAUUCAGACAGAAGGAUCACUGCAGAGCCUCACCAUCACCAUCAGCAGACUGACCGUGGAUGACUCUGGUGUCUACAAAUGUGUCUACACAAAAAUUCCAAGUGAAGUGGAAUGCAACGCCUACACACUUUUUGUGAGAGGAGUGGCACCAUGUUCCAGAUCUGUGGAAGUGCCUUGUGCCCCCACUAGUGAGAAAAGUCCACCUCUGGUGUUAAUCAUCAUCGGCGCCUGCACCAUCAGCAUGCUGGUUAUCGUGAUCAACAUCAUACUAAUCGUCCCGAGGGUGAGACGAUGGAAGCGCAGCAAAAGAACAACAGCAGCAAGAGUCCGGCGGGUCUCCAAUGAUAAUGUGUAUGAAAUCAUGACCAAGACUGGCCUCCGCACUGCUCUGGAGGAGUCAUCUCCAGACCUGAGUCCGUUUGCUUAGUAUUACUUAACAUCAAAUAUUAUUGGCUUGGGUAUCUAAGUGGCAGCCAUGAUAAGAGCUUGCUGAAUUCUCUACAUGCAAAGGAAAGAUGCUUUAAUGAUUCCUUUCCUUUCUCCUUUAGCUUAGGGUUCACUGAACAGGGUCAUUCCUAUCCUCCUAGGGUCUUAUGUUCCCCAGCUCUGUAUAGCACAUAAUGUAAGCUAAAAAAAAAAAAGUUCCCCAGCACUGUAUAAGCCUAUAACAUGAGCUUUUGUGUUAGGUUAGAGGAUAAUCAUCAUGACUCUAAGAGCUCUAUCCGGUGAGCUACCAGAGCGCUUUAUUUUGUAUGGAGGACAACUCCCACACAUAUUUCAGCCUUUAAUUUUAGAUAAUAAGAAUAUGUCAACUGAUUAAUUAAUCAAUUAAAAGAGGAAGAAAACAGAGGAUAAAAAAGGAGAAAAACAUUUAUUAUAUGUUUUUCAAUGGUAGUUCAGUAUUGCAAUUUCCAAACAGGUGAAGAUUAGGAAAACAGUUUAGGGUGAGGUUAGUUUAUUUAUGAAAUAUUAUAUCUUGAAACAGGUUUAAUCUGAUCUGAACAUAAUAGGGGAGUUGAUGUGAGGGUGAGUAUGAGUAACCAUUCUCAGUGUGACAAUUGUUUCAUUUCACUUUUGUGACUUAUUUCUUUUUUUAAUUUCAAUUCCAGCCUCGGUAAUGACGUCAUAUUUUUCAUUGGGUUUUCCACAUUCACAUAGCAUGAAACAUGAAACAACAAGGUAACAGCUGGAAUUAUCUAAGAUGCACUUUCAGUAGCCCAUCUGCGGAACACUGUAGUUUCACAACAGCGGACCUACAUCAGUAACAUCUGCCGUUGCAUAAUUACGGAGCCUAGUGUACAGUCGGAUUCUCUGAGCAUCGUGGUUGUCUUUUCCUAAGCCCUUUUAAAUUCUCCUUCACAUCUUUCCUUGAUGUCAUGAUGUUUUCCAUUUAACAUAAAGAAUAGUGUUUAGGAAAAGACACAGGGUGUCAGGCUUGGUUUACUUUACUUAUGAUUUCAAUCACCCAUGAGACAAAAUGUAAAAGACAUGUUUAACAGCUAAACAUGGAUUAUUAAAUCUCUUUAAAGCGUUUCAUUGUUGUGAAAGUGUCAUCAAACUCAAAUUGUUCUUCAUAUUAUUAGUAUUGAUUGUCAGUACUUGAACUUUAAUAUUUGUGUGCUUUUUUUGGUUGUAUUUGACUGCUUUAUCACAUGUUAAUAAAAUGAAUGCUUUAAUAAUGUUUGAUAAUUGCAUUACUUGAAAUUUUUGUAUUUGCCUGGGCUUGUUGGGGUUUAUAUUCUGUGUUACUUACAAAUAAAAUGUAGGAAACAAACAAAAUAAAAUGCUAAAACUAUAGCAUGAAAGAGAUGCAAAAAGAAGUAUGAUUAAUACAGAGGUGCUGGAGGCUGAAACAGCUUUAAGCAGUCAGAUUGUUGUUUUUUUCUGAAUUUGCCAUGAAGCACAAUUCGUAUGUUUUUUGCUUUUGUAGCAAUCCAGCGAAUGUAGCUUUUGAAAACAAUGAGAAUCUGGGGCAGAUAUUAUUGAAGGUUGUGUGAGACUGUUUCGAGAGGUUGCGUGUGGGCAAAAACCACAAACUUAAGGCAGGGCUGGUGGUAAAUGUGUGGGUGGUUUGCGUGUCUACAGUACGUGUAGAGUUCUCACGUAUAGUUCUAAAUUCUUUCAUCCAUAGAUUCAUAAUGGGGCUAUUAGGUACAGAUAUGACAAAUGGCUAACUUAGAUAUAAUAAUGUUGAUAGUAAAGGUGCUGAUGGUGAUGAUAAUGGUUAAUGUAAAUCAAUUUGAGUGUGAACUAUAACUGUGUAUCACUUAUAGAAGGAUAAUAAAUAACAUGUUUUUUGUAUGUUCUGAUAAUUCUUGAUUCUGGUUCUGUUUUUUUUCCUUUUCUUGUAUAUAUGAUGCAUUUAUACAGUAUUUACUGUAUGUGAUGCAUUUACGUACAUAGAUUUGUGCUGUAACAUCAAACUUCAUACUGGUUUCGAAAUGAUGUCAGACAUUUUGCUUUGACAACAAUUAAAGUGUUAUCUG